AUUUUAAAUUAUAUCGAUGGAUUCAGAUCAGAAACACAAAUAAUCUACGUAAUAAUUCCACUUCGAUAAAAGGAUUAAGACUUAAAUAAGUUUCAGAGCUCAAGCUAAGAUCAACCGGACAGAAGUUGCACUCAAUACUUUAAGACUACCAAGCUCUUGCUAUCGCUAUGUUCCUGAGCUAAUCCGCUACAUUCAUUGCUAUCGAGGGUUACGGAUACUUCAAAUUAUUUUUAUCAUCUUCUCCUUCACCGUUUUAAGCAAUGGAUAAUCACUUUCAUUAGUCACAAGAACUCGAUAAGACAUUGAUGCGUUCAGGGAUUCGAUCCUGCAAUCUCGACUUUGCAGUUUAGCAGUCUCGAAUACCACUGGAAGAGUAAAUCUAAUAAGGUAAUUCACAGUUAAGCAAAAUUCAAAUAAAUCAUGCCUAUACAUAUUCUAUCAACUUUGUUUACAAUAUCGACCGAGCGAGAAGAAAAAAUACAUGAAAUUCAUUGUAAAUAUGCAACGAAACCCGAAACCCGUUUCAUAUGCAACGACUCGGUCGAGGAUCGCGUUCACCGGCGUCAGUUCCUUACGAGCUUUGUGCUUAUCUGGACUAUUGUUCGUAGUAAAAAUCUCUCCUAUUUUAAAUUCCUCUUUUGUUUCACAAUGUCCAUUAUGCGAGUGGUGGCUAUAACAGGUUGUGAUAGUGGGUUGGGAUGGGCGCUAGCAGCUAGAUCAGCUCGGGAGGGACUGGUCACCGUGGCUGGAAUGUAUAACGGAGUUGAUACCAAGGCAGCAGAGAGUUUAAGGAGGUUGUGUGCUCAUCCGUGUUCUUUAGAUGUGACCAACCCUGACAGUGUUGCCGGCUUUCGUGAUUAUGUUCAAAGCUUGCUGAAUGAUAAUCCGAAUUACAAAUUACACGCAAUAGUAAACAACGCCGGUGUGAUGACAAUUGGUGAUUACGAAUGGCAAACACAGACUAUGAUUGAAAAUACCAUUCACGUUAAUUUAAUGGGUACCAUGAGAGUCGUAUCUGCUUUCCUACCCGAUCUUAGACGGAGUGCUUUGGAGAACGCAGUGCCAUCAGUGCCUAGAAUUAUAAACGUGGCGAGCCAUUGUGGUUUGCAGCCUCUACCAGGCUUUGCAGCUUAUAGUGCCAGCAAGGCAGGCGUGCUUGGGCUCACGAAGGCUUUGAGACUAGAACAUCGGAAACAUGGACUCGGCGUUGUUGCUUUUGUACCCGGUGGUUUUGUCACAUCUAGUAACAUUAUUGUACAUCAAGGUGCAAGUGGAAACGCGAUGCUUGAGAAAUUGAAUGACGAACAGAAAUCCUUCUACGGGAAAAGGAUCACAACGCUCACUAAUUAUCUUCAGUCGGCGUCGUCACAUAACACUAGAUACGACUCCUUGAAAGAUGAAAAUAUCAUCGAGACCUUCGUCAAAGCUUUGACGUCCGAGAGUCCCAAAGCCCUUUACAAAGUGGAAUCGUGGAGAUACAUGUUUUACUAUAAUCUAUUCAAGUUGCCGCUACCAGAAGGCGUUACCAGCUGGCUAAUUAAAAAGUUUCUUAAUUUUCCUGAAAAUUAAAUAAAACAUUAAUUUUAAUA